GCUCCCCGGUUCAUUCAUCACUCGCGCGCCCCACCCUCCCCUCUCGAUCUCUCUGCUCUCCUCGCAGUCGCAGCCGCAGGUCCCGAUCGCGAGCAACAAGCGGCAGCCGGUGCUUAGCGCGCUCUCGGGGUGAUCCAUGGCGGGCGGACGCGCGGCGCACAAGGCGUUCCUGCUGUGCAACUACACGCUGCUGGGCGCCGCGUCGGCGUGCAUCUUCCUCACGCUCUCGCUCCGCCUCGCGCCGUCCCCGUGCGGCCUGCUCCUCGUCUUCCUCCACGCGCUCACCGCCGUCUUCGCCGCCGCGGGCUGCUCGGGCUCCUUCACGGAUGGCGGCGCCGGGGCCGGCCGCGCCCACGCCGCGCACACCGCGGGGGCCGUCCUCACAGCCAUCUUCCAGGGCGCCGCCGCGCUGCUCGCCUUCACCCGCACCGCCGACUUCCUCGCCGAGCUGCGGUCCUACGUCCGGGAGGAGGACGGCGAGAUCAUCCUCAAGCUCGUCGGCGGGCUCGGCACCGCCAUCUUCGUCCUCGAGUGGGCCGCGCUCGCGCUUGCCUUUGCGCUCCGGCUCGACGACGAUGGCGCCCAGGAAGCCGACGGCGAGUACUCCAAGAGCUGGGCGUCUGGUUACCAUGUCUGAUUCUGCUCUGAUCCAGCGCUGCAGAGCCUGAAGACUGGAGAGAGACACAAAGCAGAAAUCCGAACGAGGGGUUAGUUUAUUUGCAGAUCGGGGAUCGGUCAACUCUUGUUAUUAUGAUCAUGUAACAAAGUGCAAAGGCAAAUGUAUUGCUUUGCUCUGUAUUCGUUUCAUUCAUUUGAUAUGGUAUAAAUUGGAAGGAAAAUUUUGAUUCAGUGACAA